AUGGUUGAAUGUGGCAGGGACGAAGGUGGACGAUACUUGCAGAUGGAAAGCCAAGGUGACGAUGUCGACGACUUUGACGAUGCGGAUGACGGCCCGCAGCUCAACUUUUGCCAGAGAUGUGGCAUCCGUGUUUUGUGCUUGGUCUUGACAUGCUACUUCCUGCCGAUGCUGUCCUUCAUCCCUCUGGUUGUCUUUGGCGGCGUCCAGCUGCCGAGCCCUUGGGAAAAAGGUUACAACAAAGAGGCGCCAGUUGCCACCGUGCCAGCGGCAGAGAUGCCUUCAGGACAAUGGUACUGGAACCUGCCCUUGGUCACCUGCAUUCUGCUUUUUCUUCCGACGGGGAUCGUGGCCGUUCUGUACCAGCUCAAAAUGCGCACCAUUCGCCGCCAGCACAUGGCACCUGAUUGCGUCUGA